CUCUCACUUAACCUCCACAAAGUGCCGGACGGGGAAUAACCUGAAACACUUUUCAUUUUUCCUUUUAAAACUUAACAGGAAAAACCAUCGUACGACCGCUACAGUCACUUCUCUCAACUCCACCGACGCACUUUUUUUUCUUCUUCUUCUUCUUCUUCUUCUUCCCUGAUCUUCGGCGCCGCGCGCAGCAACAGAGGAGUUACCGAAGUCCGCGACGCGCUCCAGCGAUGGUGACUUUACGCACGGGAUUGGAAGGCUGUCUGAACUGACUGCUGCGGUCCGGCGGAUGUCUCCAGACUGAGUGCAGGUGACGUUCAUGAAUUUUACACUCGUCCACAAGUGAGAAGAGGGUGCUGGAGCUGAGGUCUCUUAUUUCUAAUGAUGUCUUCCAUGCGAGCUACUCCUCCCUUUCAACCGCCGUCCGAGGAAGCGGAAGAGAUGGGUCAGGACAGCGCGGCGUGGGCCGGCGACGAGCGGGACGGCCCCAAGGAGACGCCGCCGUCGCCCUCGCUGCACGAGCAGCCCGACUUGGACGAGCCGCAGCCAAUCGGAGAGAAGCCGGCGGACGCUGAGUGGGACAGCGUCGGCCCCGCCGCCAUGGACAACGAGAGCAGCAAAGGCUGCUCGCUCUACUCCUACCGGACUAACUCUACCUCUCCGCCCAAGGCCGAGGAGUGUUCCCGGGAGCGCGGCGAGCCGGUGAUCGGCCUCGCCUUCGGCACGCCGGAGCGCCGGAAGGGCAGCCUGGCCGACGUGGUGGACACACUGAAACAGAAGAAGCUGGUGGAGCUGACCAAGACGGAGCAGGACGAGCCGUCGUGCAUGGAGAGGCUUCUCUCCAAGGACUGGAAGGAGCGCGUUGACCGUCUGAACGCCAACGAGCUGCUCGGGGAGGUGAAAGGUACGCCGGAGUCGCUGGAGGAGAAGGAGCGCCAGCUCUCCACAAUGAUCGGUCAGCUGAUCAGCCUGAGGGAGCAGCUCCUCGCCGCCCAUGACGAGCAGAAAAAGAUGGCCGCCUCGCAGCUGGAGAAGCAGAGGCAGCAGAUGGAGCUGGCCCGGCAGCAGCAGGAGCAGAUCGCCAGACAGCAGCAGCAGCUCCUACAGCAGCAGCACAAGAUAAACAUUCUCCAGCAACAGAUCCAGGUCCAGGGCCACAUGCCCCCCCUGAUGAUCCCGGUCUUUCCUCAUGACCAGCGGUCCCUGGCCGCUGCCGCUGCCGCGCAGCAAGGCUUCCUCUUCCCACCAGGCAUGUCCUACAAGCCAGGUGAGAAUUACCCAAUGCAGUUCAUUCCAUCGACAAUGGCGGCUGCAGCGGCGUCUGGACUCAGCCCCUUACAACUACAGCAGCUGUAUGCCGCCCAGCUGGCAAGCAUGCAGAUCUCACCGGGAGCCAAGAUGGCUCCCCUACCGCAGGCUCCCAACUCCUCCGGCCCCCUCUCCCCCUCCACCCUCAAGAGCGAGAAGCGAGCCUCCAGUCCCGUCGCUCAAAUUAAGGAGGAAGGAUCCACGCAGCCGCUCAACCUGUCGGCCAGACCCAAGACCGCCGAGCCGCUGCGCUCGCCCACGUCCCCCACGCAGAGCCUGUUCCCCGGGAGCAAGACCAGCCCCACCGGCCUGAGCAAGGGCCGCAUCCCCAGCCCCAUUCCCAGCAUGGGCAGGAACACCUCUCUGGACAUCCUGUCCAGCCUCAACUCCACGGCGCUGUUCGGCGACCAGGACGCCGUGAUGAAGGCCAUCCAGGAGGCCCGGAGCAUGAGGGAGCAGAUCCAGAGGGAGCAGCUCCACCACCACCAGCACCAGCAGCAGCCGCCGCCGCCGCCGCCGCCGGGACACCAGAGUCUGGAGGCCAAGCUGUCGGCCCUCAGCAGCAUGAGCCUCAACAACGGCAACAAGGAGCGGCUGCACUACGAGACACUGAGCCAGCACCUGGGGAAGCUGGGAGAGGACGCUGGAAAGAUGGUCCACCGAGUCAUCGACCUGACGAGACCAGAGGAUCUGGAUGCGAGCAACAUCCAGGAGGCUCGAGUGUACAGGGAGUCGCGGGGCAGGAACAGCAGCGAGCCGCACAUCAAGAGGCCCAUGAACGCCUUCAUGGUGUGGGCCAAAGACGAGCGGAGGAAGAUCCUGCAGACCUUCCCCGACAUGCACAACUCCAACAUCAGCAAGAUUCUCGGCUCUCGCUGGAAAGCCAUGACCAACCAGGAGAAGCAGCCGUACUACGAGGAGCAGGCGCGCCUGAGCAAGAUCCACCUGGAGAAGUACCCCAACUACAAGUACAAGCCGCGGCCCAAGAGGACGUGCAUCAUCGACGGCAAGAAGCUGCGCAUCGGCGAGUACAAGCAGAUGAUGCGCUCGAGACGUCAGGAGAUGCGGCAGUUCUUCGUGGGGCCUCAGCCCCCCAUGUCUCUGGGCGGCAGCCCGGGAGGGGUGGGAGUUUACCCGGGCUCCAUCACCAUGGCCACCACCGCCACGCCAUCGCCACACAUGACCUCAGACUGCUCCAGCAACUCGGCCAGCCCCGAGCCCGCCAUCCCCGUCAUCCAGAGCACGUACGGGGUGAAGUCCGAGCCCGGCGGCGGCGGCGGUGGCGGGGGGAGCAACGGCAGCGGCGGCCUGGACCUCCCCAGCGACCCGGCCAACGGCGACGACGACAUGGACAUGUACGAGGACUUUGAGGACGAGCCCAAGUCAGACUAUAGCAGCGACCACGAGACGCGGGAGGCCGUCAGCGCCAACUGAGCGCGCUCAGAGAGAGCCCGGAAAGCAGCUCCCGCCGUCCUCACACACACUUCUUAAAAAAACACAGUUUAUCACAGAGAGCGCCGGGCGGGCUUUCAGGACUCAUGGGGGGCGCCGUGCGGCGAGCGCGCCCCCCCACGGAGCCGCGGACAUGCUCAGAAGGUCCUCGGACAGGCGUCUCCACGAACGCCCGUUUGAAGAAAAAGGGCUGAACGGGAGGGGGAGGGGGAGGGGGAGCAACCAGAACAAUCACUCAGAUCCAGCUGACGACGAACUUCAGUUUCCUUCACUUUGACAAUCUUAACCGGAGCGAAUGCGAGCGGGACGAGGACGAGCCGGAGGGGGACGGAGGAGAAACGAACACAUCGCUGUGUGGUUUGUAAAGAGCAUGCAUGGAUUUGGAAGCAUUAGGAAUUGGUCUUCAACAGCUAUUUGGUCUUAAAUGUUUAAGGAGUGAUUUAGUUUUUAUUAUUAUGUAUUUACUUUUUGUGUUUUUCUUUAUUGGGGGGUUUUCCUUUCGUUUUUUGUUUUUGUUUUUUUUUUUCGUUCUACAGACUUUUUUCUGACAGGUCACUGCCUGUACAAACUCUGGACUGUCGGAACUUGAAAUUUGGAAAGUUUUUAAUAUAAAUCCUAGCUCUUGUAAUCUUAUAGUCUUACUUUUGUUUUCUUACAAAAACAGUGCUACACCUUUUUUUUCUGAAAAACUGCUUACAUUACAUUACUGUUGGAGUUUUUUUUUUUCUGUUUGUAUUUUUUUUUUCUAAAAGAUCCCAGCUCAGGUAUGACGUGCCAGCUUGUGAAUGUUUUUUUUUUUUGUUUGUUUUCAGAUAUAAAGAGUGGUAGGACUUUUCAGACUGUCAAUUAAAUAAAGGGAGCAGAGUCCCUUUUAUUAUUAUUAUUAUUAUUAUUAUUAUUAUUAUUAUUAUUAUUAUUAUUAUUAUGUACCCAUACAUUGUACAGUUUUUCUUCAAAUGUGCCAAACAUUCACAUUCACUCGGGAUGUCGUAGUCUUAAUUUCUCAAUGCUGCAGAAAAGUCUUAUCCGAUCGGCUUGUUUUAUCUGAUGAGAUGGGUUCCCGCUCCUGCUGGCCCCCCCCGGUCCGGUCACAGGCAGAGCUCAGGGAGGAUAUGUUUUCAUCACACACACACACACACACACACACACACACACACACACACACACCACACACUCACACACAGCCCGCCCCUCCGGCUCAGAGACGUAAUUAAAAGAGCAGCAGUAAAGGCGCCUCUUCCUUUAUUCCACUGUGUCGGUGCUUCUGUAGAACCACACUGCCCGUAGUUCCUUCAGGCCAAACACUUUUGACAGUAAGUGCAGCACCAGCAUUCAAAAGGUGUAAUCUUUUUCUCUUUUUUAAAGUCAUCCUCAAUUUAAGAUUUAGUGAGUCCCUUAAACUCUCAUAUAAGAAGAAUUAGCAGGAAGACUAAUUGUUUCACCUCGUGGUAAAAAAUAAUUCAAAAAAGAACGGACUGAUUGAUGCCUGUUAAAUAAAUAAAGAGUAUUUUUUAUUUUGUUUUUCCAGUGAGCUCCCUUUACUAGACAUACUUUGGAGAUGAGUAAAUCAUUAAGAGGAGAUCGGAGGGAAAAGUGCCGUUGUGUUUUUCUGGAUCGGCCUGUCAGUCGGAGUUUUUCCACAGUCUGAAGCGAGAUGUUCCCCUUUCCGCCUGGAUGCCGCUCUGUGGCCACGCUGUUCAAGAAAACUUCUUUCUUUUUUUAAUCCAUUGCAUUCUCUGCUAAUUUGAAUCUUAUCUUUCCACUUUCCAAACCUCGUCUGGUUUUCUGGGUGCUUUUCGUUCAGCUGCUUCAAAUCUCUCUUCAUGACCAUAUCUGGCAGUUCACUUCUUUUUUUUAAUAACUUGGAAGAGCUUCACAAGCUGGGACAGAACUUUUUUUUUUUAUUUUUUUUGUUUUUUACUUUUGGCUUGCAUUACAGGAAGAAAGCCUUGUGCAUAGACAUUUCUGCUAGUGUCAUACACAUCCUAAGCACUGGAUAUAAAUUCUAUGUUUUUGUUAUGUUUUUCUUUUUCUUUUCUUUUUUUUUUAGUAUUGAUUAAUGUGAAGAUGUUGUUUGAUUUUAAACAGGAUAAAUUAGAACAAACGUCACAUUUCGCCUCGGGGCAGCAGUAAAUUGCCAUUUCUUUUCAAAGCAUUUCAUUUAUUUAAACCAAUCUUUUUUUUUUUUGUCACUGCAGCUCUAGUGCCGCCUAAAGGGGUCCCGUCACCUCUGACCUCUUUCAAUAGUAACCUCAUGCUCUUGUCAGUUUCCCGGUCGCACACAUUUUUUUUUUUUUUCUUUUGUGAUGAGUAUUGUAUUUGAAAUUCAAUUGUGCGUUUUAACAUUUCAUUGUAUUUAUUAGCCAGCUUUGGCUCUAAAAAGUGUCAGUACAACUUGGUGAGA